AUGAUUUUCAAGUUUUUUUCAUUAUUAAUUUAUAUUUCAAUCAAUAAUGGAAGGCUCAAAGCAGAACAAUAAUUUACUAUAAAUUAGAAAUAAAUUCCUAUAAAAUUACUUAGACUUUGUUUAUCAUUCAAUGAAGAUGAAUAAUUAUUUGAUCCAAACAAUAAAGAUCAUAGCAUCAUUCAGGAACUUUUCUUAUAUAUUUUAAAAUUAGAAGUACUCAUAUACAUAUUUUUUUUGCAUCAUUGCAAGACCUUAAAUUGCCUUAUCACUGGACAAUAUACAAUAUGUAAUUUUAGCUCUAUGUUUAUUAUACUUAAUAUCUUCAUAAGUUUAAAGCCCAUUUUCAAGAGCAAUUAAUAUUUUUGGUUAGCUAAUUAAUUUAGGUUUACUUAAUUUCUUUUUUGAAAUAUCAAGAGGUUCUUUGAAUUAUUUGGUUCAAUUGCUAUUGAUUUUCAUAAAUAUUUUUGAAUAGAUAUUUGCUUAAGGUACAUUGAAUUUUGAUUCAAGUAGCAUAUAUAAUCCCACCAAAUCUAUAUUGAAUUAUUUUGUAGUAAUAGGAAACAUUACUUUAAUGUACUUAUCUAUAUAUGAAUUCAAUAUGUUAAUCAUAUAAAUGGUGGCAAUUUUUAAUGCUUUAAUAACUUUUUUGUAAUUGUUAUUAUAAUUUCCAAAGGGUAAUUCGAUUCUAAUUACUCUUAUGUUGAAUAUUUAAAUUAUGACUAUUUAUCUAGGAUUUGUUUAUCUGAUGGUAGGUUUUCAUAAUUAUAUAAGUGAUUUUGUAGUAUUUUUGUUUAUGCAGAAGAUAGUUUAUAUGAAUUUAGAGAGACUAAUAAAAUAAAUACCAAAAAGUUUAGAAGAUUUGAUUACUAAUUUUUAUGAUUUAAAGAUAUUAAAGACAAUAAAGAUCCAAUUACCAACUCAUAAAGAAGAUAUAGUUUUAUAUGCUUCAUUAUUGGCACAUUAAGAAAAGUAUUAUGAAGGAUUGAUGAUUUUGCAUUCUAUAAAAAAGUUGAGUUGGUUAUCUUAAAUAAAAAAAGAACUUAUGAUUAAAGAAUGGUUAUCUCAAUUAGAUACUAAAUUAAAAAAUUAAAAUAAAGCUUAAAAAGGUUUAUCUGAAGCUGUAGAACAUUUAAUGAAAUUGGAAGAUUACAAUGUAACUCUGUAAACUUAGAUGGUUAAUUUACUUAGAAAUAAGUGUCGUAUAUAAUAAAUAAUAUCUCAAUAAGAAAAGAUAUCUCUAUAAAGUCUAUUAUAAUAUAUUGAAUAAAUUACUAUAGUUUAAAAUUAAUUGGAAAAAUAGUAUUCUAUAUUUCCAAAUUAAAAAACUCAGAAUGUGUUAUGUUUUCUAUAUUCUGAAAUUUUAAAUGAAUUUACAAAGGCAAAUUUACUUUAAUAAUAACUUACUAAAAUUGAUGAUAAAUAAAAUUUUUCUGUAUUUACAAAUAAAAUGGUUUAUCUGAUUUCAACUUACAAUUCAGAAAUUUUAAUAAAAAGAGCAUCCAAUAAUGCUCCCAUUUUAUUCAAAAUGAGUCAUAAUAAGUUAUUAUAAUAGAAUAUAAAUUUAAUUAUUCCUCCAGGAAUUAAAGAAUAACAUUAAAGAUUAGUUAAAAAAUUCUUAAUUAAUGGGGAAUCAAAAUAUAUGAGAAGAUUAGAUAUUAAUUACUAUUAUAAUAAUACAAAAGGUACUUUACAUUAAAUUGAUUUUGCAAUUGAUGUAAGUUUUACAAGUGAGGAGAUCAAUUUUAUUACUUUUCUAUAACCAAUAUAUGAACAACCUUUAGUUAUGGUCUUAAAUUCAGAUAAAAUGGUUACUUCUACAACAGAAAGUGUAUUAACAGCUUUGAAUAUUAAUACUAUGGCUUAUUUUAAGAAUUAAAUAAUUACUAAAUUUAUUCCUGUUUUUAAAAAACAUGAAUUAUCAGGAUUUUAUGAGAAUAUAGAUUUUGUUGUAAAUGUUGAUAAAGAUGAAGCAACAUCUAAUUCUAUAAAUACUUAUUUAACAACUUUAGAUGUAAUACCAAAAAUAUUAAAUGGAGAGAUUUUAUUUUAUACAAUUAAAUUUGAAUAUUUUAAGAAAUAUGAAAAUUCUGCUAAAUUUACUUAUACAGAAACAAAUAAUAGUUAGAUUUAAGGAGCAUUCUCAGUAUCUGAAAAUGUGUUUAUUGAUGAUCCUAAUGGUUCUAUUAAUGAAUAAUAAGUAUUUAUUACUUCUAAUUAAAAUGCUUUUUCUAAAUCUUAAAACAAUGAACUUUUAAUAAUAGAUUCAACUAUUCAUUAAACAUAAAUAAAAGAUCUUAUAUUGACUUCAAGACCUCUUUUUUAUAAAACUUAAAAUAAAAUUAAUUAUUCUGUUUCUGUAUCAGAUGAUGAUUAAAAUAUAUAAUAAAAUCCAUAAAAAGAUUUUAGUAUUGCAGAAAGUAAAUAAAUAGAAUCUUCAAAAGUAUCAUCUUUAAAAGGAUUAAGACAAUCUAGUUAUUUUAAAAAGUAUGAAAUAAUGUCUAAACUUGAAGAAAUUAAAGGAUUAACUAAGAGUCAUAAAAUAUUUUUAUCAUUUUUAUCAAUAUGCUUAUUAAUUCAAUUAUCAUUUGUCAUAGCUGUAAUUUUAUUUAUUAUCAUAGCAAUUUAGUUCAACAAAUACUAGUUUGACCAACUUAAUUUUUGAUAUCGAUUUGCUUUAAAUCAAAAACUUUGCUUUUUAACCUUUUGAAUCCUUUUUAGUAACUAGAUGGACUAUUUUCAAUUAUAAUAAUUUAAAAGCAUCUGGAAAAAUAACAUAAGAAACAUUUGAUUAAUUAAUUAUAUUUCCUAGAUCAAAUUUACAUUUAGGUUUUGAUCGUUUAGAAGAAAAUGUAAAUUCAGUCUUAAACAAAUUACAAUUAUAAUAAUUCUUGGAAAGUACAUAUUUAGAUAUACAAUUAUAUACAUCAUCAAAUUAAGGAGAGCAUUUUAAUGUUUCCUUAAGAAAUUGUAUUACAAUAAUGUUAAAUUAUUAAUAUAUAACAAAGAUGGCUUAUUAAUUAGAUGGAAAUGUUAUUGUUGAUUCUCCUCAUAUUUAUUAUUAAUAUAGAAAUUAUUAUAUUCUUAAAACAGAAUUUGGACGUAUUAACUAAGAUAUAUUAGAAGAUACAAUAAAUAGAUCUAUAACAAUAUUAUCUAAAUUAUAAAUAAUUUAUAUAUUGUCAUUAACUUUCCUAAUAAUAUUUUUAAUGUGCAGUUAUUUUUUUCAUUCAAGAAUAGAAUUAAUUCAUACUAAUUUUAUUAAUUUAUUAUUUUGUUGUAGACCUGAAUAUUUUAAUAAAGAUAUAUAGAGAUUAAUAUCUGUCUAAUCAAUUAUUAAUAGUGAUUACAAUAAUUUAUUUUCUUAUUAAUUUGAUAUGUCUCGUAAAGAAUAAUAUUUUGAUGAUAUUAAAAUUAAACUUGAAAAAAAGGAUCAUAAAAAAUUUAUUUUAGAAAACAAUUCUUUUUUAAGUGUAACAAAUUAUUCAAAUAGAAUCUUUUUAUGUAUUAUUUUUAUAGCUGUCUUGACUUAAGCUAGUGUUUCUUAUGGUUAAGUUAAAAACUAUUUGGACAAAUAUCCUGCAACAGCUAAAUUUUAUAAAGGAGUUUCAGAUAUUGGAACAGAUGUUCCUUGUGUCUUUGCUUAAAGUAAUAUUCUAUAUGGAAGAACAUUUUUUCCUUAUUAUAAUGAGACUGAUAUUCAAUUAAUUUUUAGAGAAAUAAAUUAAGCAUUAGAUGAAUUACAAGCAUUUACAAUUACUAAGAUUGAUUUUGAAUAGUACAUAUAUAUAUCAAUAUUAAAUUAGAUACUUUUUAUCUGAUGAUUUUGCAGAUUAUUAUAAUUAUCUAAUGGAUAAUAAUCUAUGUGAUUAAUUAUUAGAUGAUAUGAAAUAAAAGGCAUCAACUAUUUGUCCUAUUGUGAUGAGUUAAGGAAUGUAAAGAGGGUUGCUUGGUAUUUUAGUAUAUAUAGUUAAUUACAUACAAACUGAAAAGGAUAUAAAUUAAUUCACAGAACGAUUACAAUUAAGUUACUUAGAAUUAGAAGGAGCUUUCUUGGUUUCUGAAAUUGUUCGUAAACUAAACAUAGAAAUUUAAUUAGAUUUAUAUGCACAAACCCAGAAAUUAGUAGAUCAAAUAACUGUAUUUAUAUAAUAUAAUUAUAGAUGCAUAGCAUAAUUGUUAUAAUUGUCAUAUUCUUAUUUGUGAUGUUCACAUCAAUAAUAAUUAGAAAAAGAUUAAUAUAAAGGUAAUUCAUAAUGUAAAGGAUUCUUUAUCUAGUACCAUUAUAGAUUUUAUUGUUUGAUGAUGGUUUUGAAAGAAAUGCUAAAACAAUAAUUCUAAAAGAAACAUUUUGA